AUGACGAUUUCACAGCAGAUAAAGAAGGAAACCGCCGUGUUGAAAGACCAGCUUUCUAUUCCAACAGUAUAUUUCCUCGCGCUCCACCCAGCAGACUACUCUCUUGAGCCGUCGUCUACACUUCCACACGGGUCAAUGAAGGUCAAGGCUGUGACCAAAAAACCGGCAUGCUUACUGUGUCAAUCCCAGGACUUGACUAAAGAGCCUUCGAGUCCGGCGUGUUCUCGAUAUGAUUUCGAGGAAAAAUUAUUAGAGCGGGUCCUACGCAAUGAACUGGCCAUAGAGACUAUGCUGAAGGAAAUACGUGAGACUAAUCUAAAUGUGAAAUCAACUCUGGGCGCUCUGGACAAAUCCAAGGACGACAUGGAUUCGAAAUUAACAAACGCAAUUAGAAGUGGGAUGACACAGAUAUCCGACUUGACACAAAAUGCGUCAAUGACGAUUUCAGAGAUAAAGAAGGAAGCCGCCUUGUUGAAACAAAAUGCGUCAAUGACGAUUUCAGAGAUAAAGAAGGAAGCCGCCUUAUUGAAAGACCAGCUGUCCAUUCCAACAGUAUAUUUCCAUGCGUACACACCCGCAGACUACUCUCUUGAUUCCGGACAAGACGUUGUCUACACAGCAGUGCGGGUCAACGAAGGUCAAGGUUAUGACCAAAAUACCGGCAGGUUCACUGUGUCAAUCCCAGGACUGUAUGCGUUUACAGUUCAUUUCUGUGCAAAUCCUUCACAAUAUGCUCAACUAUCAAUAGUCAGAGAUGGGACAGCAAUACAGAACUCGUACUUCCAUGCAACGACUGGUCACCAGUGUGUUUCCAUGCAAGCCUUUUACAAGUUAGCGCUUUCGAUGAAGAUAUGGGUGGAAGCAUACUCAACAAGCAGUUUAUUUAAUAGUGGAUAUUACAACUCAUUUUCUGGCGUUUUGCUCCAUCUGUAA